AUGGGGUCGUUAUACCUUAAUAUGUUCAAGGGAUGGUGCUUUACUACAAAUUUAAUGCAUCAUCCUAAUGGUAGAAUUAUAGUGGCUUGGAAUCCAUUGUCUUAUGAUGUGGAUAUUAGAGGAAGUUCGAGCCAAUGGAUUCAUUUUACUGUCUCAGCCAAGAAUAGAGAUCCUUUUGAUAUUACUGUAGUGUAUGCAGCUAAUGAUAUGAGAGGCAGAGAGAGGCUUUGGGAAGAUUUGGAAAAUAUGGCUCAUGGAAUUAAUGGGCCUUGGAUAGUUAUGGGAGACUUCAAUGCAGUUCUUUCUCCUGAAGAUAGGUUUCCUUAUCAUGGGAAUGGUUCAGAAUUAUCUUCUUUUCAGCACUGUGCAGAAACUUGCAGGUUAACAGACAUGAAAUUUUCGGGUAACUUUUUUACUUGGAACAAUAAACAAGCUGGCAAGGACAGGGUUUGUGCGAAGCUUGAUAGAGUUUUAGCUAAUGAGAAUUGGAUAGGGAAGUUCCCUAAUGCUGAAGUGGUUUUUUUUCCUGAAGGUGAUAUGGACCAUAGUCCAUUUAUAGUGAAUUUUGGCACUCUUAUUGAGAAUAAGAAGCCUUUCAGAUAUUUCAAUUUUUGGAGUAAUCUUGAGGGGUUUCAAAAGACAGUAGCUGGCAGUUGGAGGAAGGAGGUUCAAGGAACUCCAAUGUUUUGCUUGAUAUCGAAAUUAAAAAGGCUGAGAGUGGAUUUGAAAAAACUAAAUAGAGAUGGGAAAGGUGAUGUUGUUGUGCAUGAGGCAAAGAUCCAUAAGCAGUUGCUAGAUACCCAAGUGAAACUUCAAUUAGAUCCUGGUAAUCCCCUGUUGAUUGAAGAAGAGAAUUUAAGAAGGAAAGAGUACGAGAAAGCUCAUAAAGAUCUGGUGCAAUUUCUAAAGCAAAAAGUUAAGGAGGAUUGGCUUAAAUAA